ACCAUUUUUUAUCGAGCCGAACCUUGUGCAGUCAAGAAAAUCGUCACGAUCCACGUAUUUAGAAUUUUAGAUUGAAUAAAACAAAAGAGAGCAUGGCCAAAUAUUUACGUCAAUUUGACGCGGUGCAUAAAAAUAUAAAUAAAUUCGAAACAAAAUUAGAUAAUUAUAGUCCGUCCUUGCCUAAACUUUCCAAAUCUGAGGAGCAGAGCAAAGCGGAGAAAUUUGCGGCGUUUGCUAGGAAGUAUGUGGCCGAAACUCCGCAAAUAUGCACAUGGUUCUAUAUGAACAAAACGGAAUUGGAACACUUAUUUUUACUUUCCAAUAAACGCGACAUCAAAAAGAUGAUAAGUCAAAAAAUUGGAGACGAAUAUCCCAAAGGAUUAUGCCGAUUAUUAAUGGUCGAAUUAAUCUAUUCGGUGCUACAAUUUUGCAAGACAUCAAGAAUGAGUCUGGUUCAAACAGGAACUCUAUUGUCAAUUUUUUACUUAACUCAACAUUACUUUUCAAGUACUUUUGAUACAACAACCGAAAAGGUGUACCACUUUUUUAAGGAAUACAUUUUGCUACACUCUGUCGAUUGUCCACCGGAUAGUCUCCAAAUAUUCAGCUAUUCCGAAAGCAAAUAUAUAGUCUCAUUCUUUUGCAUACUUUACCUUCGGAAUCUGCCGCUGAUAAAAUUACUGACUUUACCGAAUUUUGGGUUCAAAGUGCGAUACGAAUUGCCGCCAGAACCGAUUGUACAAACAAAAGGGAAAAAAAAGCGCUAACGAAAAUAAUACAUACCAAAAGAUUUGUACGUGGUGCAUAUGUUAAUUCAUAAUUUAAACAAAAUAAAAUUUCAAAAUUAGUUAA